AUGAAGAUCGAAGGCAGGACCUUCAUAGUCUCCGGCGGCGCCUCCGGCCUAGGCCAAGCAUGCGUAGAGAACAUCUGCCGAACCGGCAGCGGCAGCGGCAACGUCGCGAUCCUCGACCUAAACGAGGACCUCGGAGCGGCACUAGUCGCCCAACUACCCAGCGGCACAGCCCGGUUCUUCGCCUGCGACGUGCUGGAGACGGACAGCAUCGCCGCCGCCGUGAAGGGCACGAUGGACUGGAUCGCGCAGACGGGCAAGCCGCUGGGCGGCAUCAUCCCCGCCGCGGGCGUCGGAAACCCUUCUACGAUCCUCGAUAGACAUGGCGAGGCCUUCAGCCUGGAGUCCUUCGACUUCGUCGUCAACAUUAACCUGCGCGGCACCAUGGACCUAGUGCGGCAGUGCCUCGUCCACCUGGCCAAGACGGAGCCCGUGGGCGAAGACAGGGAGCGUGGCGUGGUCAUCAUGGUGGCAUCGUGUGCCGCCUUUGACGGCCAGAUGGGACAGGUUGCUUAUGCUGCGAGCAAGGGCGCGGUGGUGUCGAUGACGCUGCCCAUGACGAGAGACCUUGCGCGGUUUGGCAUCCGCUGCAUGACCAUUGCUCCCGGCCUGUUUGAGACACGCAUGACUUCGGUGAUGCCCAAGAAACUAGCCACCGGUCUGCAGUCGGUCAUGGAGUUCCCCCGUCGUGCGGGCAAGCCCGAGGAAUUCGCACAACUAGUGCGGCAAGUCAUUGAAAAUCCCAUGCUUAACGGCACUGUUCUUAGACUGGACGGAGGUCUUAGAAUGCCUAGCAAGAUCUGA